GUGAUCACCCCCUGCAGGCGUCUCAUUCUGUGUUGCAGCAACAGGAAGGAGAUGGAGGAUGGAUGGCAGCGCUGCGCAAGCGUCCAGAACAGACAGAACUAUGAGUCCACCCAGUACAGCAUGGACCACUUCAGUGGGAUGCACAACUGGUACGCCUGUUUCCCACGCCAAGACCGACCUACUGCAACGUCUGCAGGGAGGCGCUGUCAGGAGUCACGUCUCACGGGCUGUCCUGUGAAGUGUGUAAGUUUAAGGCCCACAAGCGUUGUGCGGUCAGAGCCACCAACAACUGUAAGUGGACGACUCUGGCAUCUAUUGGGAAGGACAUCAUCGAGGACGAGGACGGGGUGUCGAUGCCCCACCAGUGGCUGGAGGGGAACCUCCCGGUGUCGGCUAAGUGUAACGUCUGUGAUAAGACGUGUGGCAGCGUCCUCCGGCUGCAGGACUGGAGGUGUCUGUGGUGUAAGGCCAUGGUGCACUCGGGCUGUAAGGACCAGCUGUCCUCCAAGUGUCCUCUGGGUCAGUGCAAAGUGUCCGUCAUCCCUCCGACUGCCCUGAACAGCAUCGACUCAGACGGUUUCUGGAAGGCCUCCUGUCCUCCAUCCUGCACCAGUCCUCUGCUGGUAUUCGUCAACUCUAAAAGUGGAGACAAUCAGGGAGUGAAGUUCCUGCGACGCUUCAAGCAGCUGCUGAACCCGGCGCAGGUGUUUGACCUGAUGAACGGAGGACCUCACCUGGGUCUGCGUCUGUUCCAGAAGUUUGAUACGUUCAGGAUCCUGGUCUGUGGAGGAGACGGCAGCGUGGGCUGGGUUCUGUCUGAGAUCGAUGCUCUCACGCUGCACAAACAGUGUCAGCUGGGGGUUCUUCCUCUGGGGACCGGCAACGAUCUGGCCCGGGUUCUGGGCUGGGGAUCGGCUUGUGAUGACGACACUCAGCUGCCUCAGAUCCUGGAGAAACUGGAACGAGCCAGCACCAAGAUGCUCGACAGGUGGAGCAUCAUGGUAUACGAGACUAAGUUUCCACGGCAACACUCUGCCUCCACCGUCACCGAGGACUGCAGCGACGACUCCGAGGUCCAACAGAUUCUCACCUAUGAGGACUCGGUGGCAGCUCACUUGUCCAAGAUCCUGACCUCAGACCAGCAUUCUGUUGUCAUCUCCUCCGCCAAAGUUCUGUGUGAGACGGUGAAGGACUUCGUUGCUCGGGUCGGUAAAGCUUACGAGAAGAACACCGAGAGCUCAGUGGAGUCCGAGACCAUGGCCAAGAAGUGUGGCGUGCUGAAGGAGAAGCUGGACUCCCUCCUGAAGACUCUGAACGAGGAGUCUCAGGCGACCUCCGUCCUCCCCCCAGCUCCUCCCCCCACCAUCGCUGAGGAACAGGAGGAGGUGGAGGGCGUGGUCCUGGCUCCUCCUCCUGCUCCUCCUCCUCAUGCCCCACCAAGCUCUGCCCCCUGCUCCCCAAGGACUACGCCCUCCUCUUCGACAGCGGCCAUCUUUAAACCUCGAGAGCAGCUGAUGCUGAGAGCCAACAGCCUGAAGAAGGCCAUCCGGCAGAUCAUCGAGCACACGGAGAAAGCUGUGGACGAGCAGAACGCUCAGACUCAGCAGCAGCAGGUUUUCUCUCUGAGUCGAGCCGAGGAAGAGGAGGGUCUAGUGGAGGAAGACGAAGAGGAAGACGUGGACGAGGACAAGAUGUCUCUGCAGUCGUCCUACAGCUCCAAAAACCGAAACACUCGCAGAGUCAGUAAGACGCCCUGCGAGAAGCUCAUCAGCAAAGGCAGCCUAUCACUGGGCAGCUCUGCGUCACUUCCUGUCCAGACAGGGAGCAGGGACAACAUGCCCAUGCUCAACACAAAGAUCCUCUAUCCAGGUUCCCUCUCCAGCAGCUCCGUCAUCAGUCGUCUGCUCGUCAACGCCGACCCGUUCAGCUGUGAUCCUGACAACAUUGUGUCUGUGUGCGUUAGGGACUGCUACACCGAGAAGUGUGUCAUGAACAACUACUUCGGUAUCGGACUGGACGCCAAGAUCUCCCUGGACUUCAACAACAAGAGAGACGAGCAUCCAGAGAAGUGCAGGAGUCGGACGAAGAACAUGAUGUGGUACGGAGUGUUGGGAACCAAGGAGCUGCUGCACAGAACCUACAAGAACCUGGAGCAGAGAGUCUUGCUGGAGUGUGAUGGGCGUCCGAUCCCUCUGCCCAGUCUGCAGGGAAUCGCUGUGUUGAACAUCCCGAGUUAUGCCGGAGGAACCAACUUCUGGGGAGGAACCAAAGAGGACGAUACCUUCACAGCUCCGUCCUUUGAUGAUAAGAUCUUGGAGGUGGUGGCCGUUUUCGGCAGCAUGCAGAUGGCCGUGUCCAGAGUCAUCAACCUGCAGCACCACCGCAUCGCACAGUGCCGGACAGUGAAGAUCACCAUCUUGGGGGAUGAGGGUGUACCAGUCCAGGUGGAUGGGGAAGCCUGGAUCCAGCCUCCAGGUUACAUUAAGAUCAUCCAUAAGAACCGGACCCAAACCCUGACCAGAGACCGGGCCUUUGAGAGCACCCUGAAGUCCUGGGAGAACAAACAGAAGUGUGAGUUCACCCGGACUCCACCUCCUCAGCCUCCUCAGCCACCGCUGUCCUCCCAGCCAGAGAUCAUCUCUGAGGAAGAGGCGUCACUCAUCAGCGAGUUCGGUCAGGCAGCCGGAGCCCUCAUACACAGUAUUCGUGAGGUCGCUCAGUCUCACCACAGUAUGGAACAGGAACUGGCUCACGCCGUCAACGCCAGCUCCAAGGCCAUGGACGUGGUCUAUGCCGACUCUGAGGGCGCUGGGGCUCUGAGCUGCAGUGUGGUGGUUCAGAUGGUCAGCAACGUCAAAGCGUUACUCAGUGAGACUGAGCUGCUACUGGCUGGAAAGAUGUCCAUGCAGUUGGAUCCUCCUCAACAGGAGCAGCUGAAUGCAGCUCUGGGCUCCGUGGCUCAGCAGCUCCGUCGGCUGUCCGAUGUUCCCUGGUUGUGUCCGUUCAUCGAUCCAUCGGACCACGAGGGUCCUCUGAUAGAUUUUUCGAAGCGCAGUCGGAGCGCUAAGUUUCGUCUCGUCCCGAAGUUCAAGAAAGACAAAAACAAUAAAAACAAGGAGACUUGUGCGACUCUUUCACUGCCAGUUCACCAGUGGGGGACGGAGGAGGUGGGGGCGUGGCUGGACUUUCUCUGUCUCACUGAGUAUAAGGACAUCUUUAUCGGACACGACGUCCGUGGAGCUGAGCUUAUCCACCUGGAGAGGAGGGACCUGAAGGAUCUUGGUGUGACGAAGGUGGGACAUAUGAAGAGGAUCCUGCAGGGCAUCCGAGAGCUCAACAGGAACAGCAGUGCCAGCGAGGCCUAACUGCCACCAGCAACAGUUGCCUGCCCCUCUUCUUCCUCUGCUGCUACACCCCGCCUCGCCCACCUGACCUGACCUCCGACCUCUGACCCCAGACCCCAGACCAUCACGGCAGGUCUGUCACAUCACACUUGAGGACUCGCUGUGAUUGGACCAGGAUCGGGACCAGAACUGGGUUCUGAAAAAAACUGACCAAACCUCUUCAUAAUGACCACCAAUCAGAUGAUCCGCCAGUGCCUUGUCAUCCCACCCACCAGCCAAUCAGUGAGGAGAUCGGGUAGGGAGGGGAUUCAGAGCCAAACGUUUCUGAAGGGCUGCACCAGAGCCAUAAACCCUGUGAGCUGGUUCACAGCAGGACUGUGGAGACUGAAACCUGACGACAGACUCUGAGUUUUCAUCAGCACUGUAAAAUAUCUUUGUCUGAGCAGCACAUUUCCUUGAAGGACCACAACCUUCUGUUUCUGCAGAUUGUUUCCUGAAAACACCACAGCAGCACCGUGAGUCUGUCCUGUCUGCACAAAGCUUCUAACUAGAUCAGCCAGAAAAAGUAGUCAAGUAGAAAAGUUCAGACACACCACUGUGUUUUUGCGAUCAUAUUUUUGACUAAGACUUUCUGCAAGAACUUUAUUAGAAAAGUUUUUAUCUUGAAGCUCAACUAACAGCGAUCACUGAUUAGCGUUGGUGAACACUGUUGCUAGGUUCCUGCUGAAGAUGGAAACACCUCACAAUAAUAUUGAAUAAAACUCGGAAGCAGCUUCUCAAGGGUCCAAACAGCCGACAGAACCCGGAGCCACAAACCAGACCUCAGCCUCACUGUGUUCUUUGUCCAGUUUCAGUGACAGAUUUUCAGAUUCUGUCACGAAGAGACGAGGAGAUACGGUGAAGAUUUUUUUUUGCCCUCAGAGGCUCUAGCUGCUGGUUGGAAACCCGACCGAGUCUCAGCAGGCGUCUUAUGAUCCGGAUCAGGCCGAGGUGGCUCCAAUCAGAGUUCAGGUCUUCAGGAUGUUGGUCGUCACCGCAUCAGGAAGACUCUAUUUACCUGCCAGCUGUCAUCUACCUGCCACAACCCGGCCUCACCUGACCGGCCGACCAAUCAGAACGCAGACGUGUUGGACCAUGAUGCAGCAAAAACCCUUUAAACUGCAGCUCAGAGACUUUAGAGGAACUUUUUAUCUGCCAAUAGCAGACCACGGUGUUGGAGGCAGGGUCAAAGAACACUGAUAGUUUUGUACUAAAAUAUAUUUAUUUCUUCUGUUGCUUAGAGUGUCUUUAAAAAAAAAAAAGUUGGUGAAUGAGACGAGAGCGGAUGGAUCAGGUGAUGCGUCUCCUGUCCGACAACGUCUUUCUGUUUCUGUUUGGUCUUUCUGUCUGAAGGUUUUGUUAUGUGAUGCUCAGUUUCUUUCUUGACAAACAACAAAACAUAGAAUCUUUGAGCAGUUUAGAGGAUUUCAUCGACAGUCGUCCGAAACUGUUUAAGGGACCAAACAAAGUGAUUAUUUUUUGAGCUGUCGGCAGUAAAGACAGUUUAAUUUAGUUAAAAACUAAAAGAGAUUAACGGAGACAAACCAUCGGACUCGCUCUUUGUGCAGUGACCUAAUUCUUCUUAACGUCUUAAAGCCUUAACUUCAGCUGAACCAGUGAACCGUCAUCAGUCGUUUCAGCUUCUUAUCAACUAAAACUCCAACCUCGCUCCGGUUGCAGCUUUGGUUUCAUAUCUUUGAAAAUUAACCUUCAUUUUUUGGUGUCUUCUGCACCAAACAUUUGCUGUUAUUCCUGUAAACGUGACUGAUGUGUUAAUUUGACGUCUCUAAAUGUUAGUUUUCCUCAACAAAAAGCAUCCAACUGUUGGUUUUAUUCAACAGAAACACUCAUCAGAUAGUCGUCAAACAUCACCUCGUCAUGAUUUUUGUCUCAAUGAUUGAGUUUGUUGCAUCAAAAUGUUUCCAUUGACGAGAAAACAAGUCUUAAACGUAGAUCUGCUUUGACCAGACGCAGUGAAACGUCGAUGUGAAGUUUAGCGUUUACACCAUGUAUCAUUUCCAGGUUGUUGGAUUGAAACCAAGCUUUAUCAAACGAUGCCUUAAACCUCCUGUUGAUCACGUGUUUGUCAGCCAGCUUCACGAUGCAGUGUUUUAUCGUUUAAUCUGCCUUCAGUCGCUCUGCCUCGACGUUUGCUCAGAAGAACACAGAUAUUUCCUCAUUUAUAGAAAGUGCUCCUCAGAGUGGUGAUGUUUCAGCUGAACAGACUGACGAAGAUGCUGCUUAUUGUCUAGUUGUUGUUCUGCUGUCAAACACUGAGGCUUCAACCUUCACAUUAUCAGAGUGUCAACGUUUGGCCAGCUGUUUUAACAUGAAUAUCUUGAAUCUGACUCUCCAGAAUUUAAAUUGGCGACAUCAACAAAGUCAUUCUGACCUAUAAACAAACCUCAGCUGGAAGAAGAUGAAUGAAGGAAUAAAGAAUAAAGAUGACAUUUGCAGACACCACUUAUCAGACACUUAUAAUGCACACUUGAUAUCCUGAGUUUGACCAUCUGGAUCAACAUUCCUAACAUCGACAUGUUUCUGACAAGUUGAAACUGCAGCUUGAGCUCUGUAAUUCAGUUUGGACUAGUCAAGACCAUGGUAGCAGAAACCACUUACCAGACACUUAUAAUACAGACUUGACAUCCUGACUUUGAUGAUCUGGAAUCCACAUUUCUUGUAUCGACAUGUUUCUGGCGAGUUAAAACCACAUCUUGAGAUAUCUACUUUGGCCUACUCAAGACUGUAGUUGCAGACACCACUUACCAGACACUUAUAAUGCUGUAAUGACAUUUUGAAGAAGCAGUAAAAAAAGUUGAUGUAGAUUCAGUGAAUUGAGGGGAAUUAAAGGUAUCUUGAACUAGAAUUAUGAGGAGACAGAAGUCAGUUGAACUGCAGAUAUCCAUAGUAAAAUAUACAUGAAGUAAGAGUGACGUCCUGGAAGAAUGAAGAUGGGAGUUUCUGAAAUGUCUUUGGUAGAUUUCCAGUGUAGAUGUUAAAUGUUCAAACUGCUCCACAGUGACUUUAUUUGUAGCUUUGCUCACGUCUGCAGGUUUUUACUGUUUUUCACUUCAGACGGUGUUUAAAUACCACGAAAAAGAAGCUAAACUAUUGCUACCAGCAACACCAAAAUCCCCUAAAGAUGGUUUAUAUUUUUAGAACUGAAAUACAAAGAAUCUUAAUAUGUGCACAAGAUUAUUUAAACACGUCGGCUCAGUUUUCCAAGCAUAGACGAAGCCAAAACAACUUGAUUGAAUCUUUUUUUUUUAAGUCUCUGACGAGGCUGAAUUCAUGUGUGGAAAACUGACUCAGAUAUUUACUAUGGAUAUGUAUCGUAUCCAUGAUUAUUGUUCUAUAUCAGGUGUUUGCACAGAAGCUAAAUAUUUCCGUCUUAGGAAAAUGAAACUUUAUCAAAUAAUUUCACGAGUGUCACUGCAACAGAAACGUUCCGUCAGCGUUUCACGACUUCGGUCUAGUUUCAGCGAUUGUGCAGGUGAGUUACAGGUGUGCAAACACCUGCUGACUUCCUGCAGUGCCUUGUUCAUUUCAAUCAGAGGGUCAUCCUCCGCUGUCGACCCACAUAUGUAUUUAUUGGAUAAUUUAUGGACUGAUCCUGAUACUGUACGCUGUCAUACCUCUGUUUGUACAUACGCCCCCUGCUGGGCUGCCACUGUAAAUACAUGUUGUGUUUGUACAGAGAAACAUCGAAAUGUCCCCGAAAGAAAUAAAAGUUUCAUGUUGUCACUGGAGAA